UUUUAAUGAACAAUAUUCUUGGAAGGGGGAUCAUCGAGGUACUCAGCUAAAUUGUGGAGAUGAGAAUCCCUUAAGGACAACGCCAGGACUCGAGAUUUCGGCGAAGGGUACACAAGGACAGGCUGGCCUGUACUAUGUAAUUUCACCUGGAGUAGUUGGGCACACGUGCGAUCAUCAAGGAAAGCCACCGGUGGAAGGUGACAGUGAGAGGGGUGGAGAGGGGGCAAUCACCAAAGGCAGCAUCAUGGACUCUCACCAACAACAGUUUUGCCUCAAGUGGAACAGUUUUGGUAGUAAUUUGGCAACAGCAUUCUCGAAUCUUUUUAAAAGUGAAAGUCUCACUGAUGUCACACUCUUCUGCGAAGGAGUGACAUUCAAAGCGCACAGACUCAUUCUGGCAGCAUGCAGCAAACAUUUUCAAGAAUUAUUCGAGGGCAUGCCACCCUCUCCUGCCGGGCUCAUUGUCAUAUUAGACGGUACGAGCGCCCACAACAUGGCAUCACUAUUGGAAUUCAUGUAUCGUGGAGAGGUGCACGUAUCCCAAGAGUCGCUGAGCUCCUUUUUGAAGGCUGCCGAAUGUCUUCAAGUCAAAGGACUGUCAAUCGAACACGAAAAAUUGGCUGUGGCCCACAGACAUGUGGCGGAAAAUAAUAAUUCAUCCACUGAGUCCGCAAGUGGUAAUAUCGAGGUUCUGGAAUCCGAUGCGGAACGAGUAAUGAAGAGAGAGCCCACUCCUGCUCCAACCCUACCUCCUAAUUAUGUUUCACCGAACACAUACCACUCGUCUCACUAUUAUGAAAAUUCACAGAAGAGGACAAGGUUAAUGAGAUCACCAAGUGAAAUUGACGCCCUCGGUCGAGUAAGCGUACUAAGAGAUGGUGCUGCGUUCAGACCGGCCUCUGCGCCCCAUCCGUUACUACUUGAGAAUCACCUGUACCAACCGUUUACCCAUUCCUCUGAAAAUCAAACGCAUCCACACACUGCGCCCCAAACCCCCACAGACAUGGAUCUAGAGCUCGAGCCUGAAAAAUCGGAAGAACGUGGUGACAACAAGGAGAGUGUAGCUGAAGAUUUGCGAAUAAAACAAGAGCCAAUGAUGUUCAGCGAUCGAGAGAGAGCGGAAAAAUUCGCCGAGAGAUUGUCCGCUGAGGUCGGUCGUGGAUUUGAUGCCACUAAUUACUCGUUGAGUGGGGAUCAUAAGGGAAAUAUGGGGUUUAAUCAGGGAGCUUCGCUCGCGCAUCCUCCCACGCCUGAUCUGAGUCCAGCUCCACCGACUCCUGCGAGGUGGAAUUCGAAAAUUAAUAAGGCUGGAACUGUCACCACACCGGACGGCAAAAAGCUCAAGUGCCCAUUCUGUGAUCGUCUCUACGGUUACGAAACAAAUCUCCGUGCUCACGUGAGACAACGCCAUCAGGGCAUUAGGGUCUCAUGCCCAUUUUGUUCACGUACAUUUACAAGAAACAACACUGUACGUCGUCACAUCGCGCGAGAGCACAAGAAUGAAAUGAGCAUCAAAGCAUUUCAAACAUCAACUCAUCAAGUUGCGGAUACUGUACCGCAAUAAAGAGUAGAGAGAGACAGUUGCGUUUUGAUGAAUUCGAGGAAAUGGGACAGCUAGAACAACGGGAAGCAACUUUAUACCUGUUUGCCAUUUCUUCGGGGCAUGGGUAGGUCAUCUCUCUACACUUUUCUUGCGAGCAACUUUCUGCUGUUCUACCACAUCCAGUUAUUCUCAUAUUCUAUCCUAAAAUGUUUCCAUGUUUCGAGGAAUUUUUCUAAGCACUCGCGAGUAAUUCAAGAAUCACUGGUUGAUUUCAAUGUACAAAUUAUCUAAAUGUAAUCAGAGACAAGAAUUGAAAAUUCUUGGAGGAAAAUGUUGAUGAUCAGGGGAAAAUGACAUUCGUCAAUUCCAUAAUUUUCAAUUUAUACAGAAUCAGGUUUUUUCCUCUUCUUAACUUCUCUUUCCAGUCUAGUGUUUUGUGAAUUAGUACAAAAUUUAUCAAUUCCAUGAUAGAGUGGCGUUGGUGAAAGUAGCAUUAAAUAGCAAAAGAAGAAAAUUCAAGUGUGGAAUGGAAGUUUUCAGGGGUAAUUAAUCGUUUUAUUCCGACAAUUUCGGAAGGGAAAAAUGAUUGAAUUACCAAUUGAGAGGAGGGGAUUGAGCCUAUGAUGUAUGAGAGGGAAUCAAUGCUUGGAAAUUCGGACGAAAAAUGUUUUCAAAACCUUACGAUUGAAGGAAACCGUAACAAAUCAUAAAACUAGUCAAUGAAAGUGCAACGUUCAAGUAAAUAUUACCAUUUCAAAUAAUAAUUACCGAUAAAUAAUACAUAAAUGGGUAAACAACAGCGCAAAGUUAUUAAAUGAAAAUGAAAAAAAAUACUAUAUUAUACUCGUGGAAUUUGAAUAUGUGGUCGUGUGUUUGAAAAUGUUGCUGAACGAUUAAAAAAAAAGAAACAAAACAAAUAGGAAAUAUUAAAUAACCAAAUAAUGAUACAAACAAUCCAACUCAGGUAAAUGAUAUACCGUAAUCGAUAAAAGGGUAUGUUCAAUAUUUUUUUUUAUUAAUUAUUUCUACAAUGAAACAAACUCCAAGUGAUAAACACAAUUGUGAAAUACAGUUACUUCUAUUAUACGUAAAGCAGAAAAUGAAAAAUAUGAUGGUGAAUAUUAAUGAUGAAUUCAUCAUCUCAAACUACUGACUGGUACAUAGAGGAUAAAUAUAUACAAAUAGAAUAUAUAUUUACAAAUUUAAAGGACAGACAGAAUAUAUAAUAUAUUGUAUGAUAUACAUUAAUACUGCCAUAAUUGCAAUAGUCCGUUGUUACUGGUUAAUAGUCGCAAUAAUUAUUCAGAUUAUAUUGAAGUGAUGAAAAAACACACGUCGAGCCUAGGAUCAAAUUCCAGUUUACCGUAUUGAAUGGGUUGAUUAAUAUAAACAGUGCCAAUUAACAGAUUUAAUCAUGAAAUAACGUUACCCACGUUGAUGAUAUAUUUUCACGCCUUUAAUAAUCUCGUUUUCUCAUCUAUUAUUUUCAAUAGAUAAUUCUCUUUAUACAGAUUUAUAUCAAUAACUAUAGCCUGUUAAAUAUCACGAUUGAAAUGUUUCUAUUAUGAUUAUUCAUUGAGACAGAUAAUAGCAGUAUUUAUCUUUAUUGAUAAGAGUAUUAAAUAUCUCGAUUGAAUAAUUUCAACCGUGAUAUUGAACUUUAACUCGGAUAACAGAAAACAAUAGUGAUGAUAGUUUGUUACAUACUUUACUGUGGGAUUUUUUGUCCCACCUUAUGAUAGCCAGAGGAUUUAAAAUGCCAAUGAGAAGUAAUGAGAGAUACCUGUUUUCUUUUUUAUUGUAUUGAAACAUAACUGAUGAAUGUUCAAUGGAGCCUCAGGUCAAAUCGAGUCAUAUUAAUCCUAGUCAGGAUGGCAUCACGAUAUUAUUCGUUGCGGUAUUUACAUUUCAUCACGAUUCAGUUGUCUUCAGUAGUUAUUUCUUUAUUUUCAAUGCAACAGAAUGUUUUACUUGUUGGUUCACAACGAUAUGCCUAUCAUAAGUUAUGAGAGACAAUAGAUAUACAGAUUUAUUUAGUGUUGAGAAGCCAAGCCUGGUAUACUUCAGAGUCAAUGAUUCAUAUGAAUAUCAUAUUUAUGAAACGAUAUAGAAAUAUACAUAAUCCGUAACAUGUACUGCCUUGGGAAAACCUGGAGCUUUUGCUGGCCAUUUUCACGAAAUUCUUUUCAAGGAUUUAACAUUGGAAUUUUCCAACGAAAGCACUAGGAUUUUCUUUUUUUUUU